AUGAUUGCUCAAGCUCGAAUCUUUCCGCGUGGAUCUGGAGAAAUGAUGACCAGAGCACCUGUCAAAGUAACUUUAAGCGAAGGACCAUAUCAUAUUGCCUGUUUCAAAGACAGUACGCGGGAAUUCGAUCUGACGAAAGAAUCCGAGCUGAAGCAGUUGAGAAAUGAAAUUGAAAUCAGAAUGAGAAAUUCGGUGGCUGAAGGCAAAACAGUAUCCAAUGAAGUUAUUGCUUUGACAGUUAAA